CUCUCUGUACGUUUCCUUGUUCGUGUUAAUGAAUACACGUGGCGGGCUCGGUGGGGAGUCACGCAGUGUCUCAGUUUUUAUAAUAAUGCCAGUCAGCUGAAGCAGCAAAAUAAGCGUGCUGCCAUACAAAAGAUGACUCGUGUAAAAUGAGCAUUAGGAAAUAAGCAAGUUGUUACAUAUCUUCAGAAUGACGCACGAUUCCGCGUAGCCGUGAUUAGUGUCUUCCUUACAGCCGUUCUACGAGGAUCAGUAUAACAGUUGAUCCAUUAUCACGCGUAGGAUAGAAAAUACGGCCACAAUAAAAAGUCAACAACAGGAGGCAAAGGAAAAUCAACAACAAUACACAUACCUUAAACAAUGGACGAGGACAUGACGGAUAAUGAUUUUGAGGACGAGUUAACCAUCGACUCGUCCGGUGGAAGUUUGAGGUUUCAAUCUCAGAGAGAGAUAUUUUACAAUAAACUUUUACCUUAUGCUAAUGUCAUCGAUGCCGAAGCCCAGACUCUGUUUGAAGAGAUCAAAGCCAAUCUUGGACGUGCGAUAUUGCUGCGAGAGCUUGAUGUUGGCUGUAGCAUCUGGACCGCGAGACUAUACAAGUACAUCAAGCUCUACGGGAUGAAGUUUUCCAAGGAAGAUCACAUUGUCCUAGUCAAACUGAUGUUUAAGUUGAUAACCAUCCCUAACUUGGAACCUCAUAAGGUUGCUGAAUUUGGAACAAUGCUGAUAGUAUUGCUGAAAAAGAAGAAAUUAAUCUCUCGAGAGGAAUUGGAACUGCCAUGGGAACCGCUUUAUGAUUUGACCUAUCGCAUCAUGGCCACAGGAAAAACGGCGAUUGGGAUAUACCGAUAUUUUCCAUCCGUUCAAUCAACCCUUGAUGUUAUGGUUCACGCGGCCAAAGUCUACUUUCCUGUGACCGCGACCCAAGAAAUUCUGGACAAACUUAGACCGCGCCUCUAUCCUCUGGAUUCUUCUACAAUGGCAACGACGAUGGAAACCUUGGAAUGGUUUUUGCCACUGACGUUACCUUCGAAGUAUCACUCGUUGGGGCACGAGUUGUGGUUUGAGGAAUUCAUGAGCCUGUGGGAAGUUUGUCACAACGCGCCAACCUGGGAGUAUGAAAUAAUGUGGCUCAUGUCGAGGCUUGCUACAUGCAAUAUCGGAUACAUUGAUUGGGAGCCAUACGUUCCCCUCAUGUUUACAAGAUUUAUCCGCUACUUGAACCUGCCAGUCACAUAUAAGCACAUACAAAGCAGUAAACAUCACAAAAUGGAUACAUCCGCUAUUGCUAUAUGGAUCGUCUCAGUGCUAGGUCAUGGAUCAUGCGUGCAAGAUUAUUUAACCAAGUUUUUAAAAACAAUAGAGAGCUACAUUCACCCUGCUAAUUAUGGUCAAUGGCACUCAAAGUUGCGGGAAUUGCUCAGUAAACUUCCUCUGCAUUUCGUCUUACGUCUGCACAAGGAACGUUAUGGCAAGCAGACAUGGGAAGAACCUGUACCUGAAGCAUUCAAGCUUACCGACGAAGAUGUCGAUCGAUUUGUUUUGAGUAUAAAACCGCUUGUUAUGACGGCAAUGUUUGGAAAAAUGGGUGGUUUCGAAGCUAGUCAGGCGCUGCAAUAUUUGGCUACCAUGCGGCCCAAAUUAAUCAUUCCAGACGUUCUAGAACGGCUGUACUCAGUACUGGAUUCACUCACGGAACCUCACAAAUUAACGGCAUCUAUGAACUGUGUUGUGGCAGUAGCUCGGCCACUAGUCCAAGGCAUGAGAAAUUACAACACGGGUUACGAAUAUGCAGAGGGGCCAUCCCACGUCUUACAUCUCCUGUUCUCAAUUCUGCCUGGUAUAGAUCCUAACGACGUGAGAAAAUCAUUUAUCACAUUUCGAUUGAUAUCUGUAUUUGCUGGGAUAAUUCCAAUAGUGGAUUCGUCAAGAGUGCCAGACCCUAUCAGUGAAGAGGAUAGACUGAUCUGCGAGUCAACAUCACGUUUUGAAGAUUUUGUUCUUCAGUUUUUAGACAAAGUUUUCAGCCUGAUAGAUUCGAGCUCUCUAGAAUUUGUGAGGCAUGAGAGUCAUGGGGAGGAUAGAAAGAGCAAGCUCGAAUCGUGGCUUGAACAUGCCUUAGGUGGUGGCUGCAGAGGUCUUCUUGAUCAAACUAGCGAUGCUAUUUUCGAUUGUGCCUUACGAAAAUUUCGUUCCCUUGCUACCGAACGUAUUCUAGAAACUCAGGUUGCUGGUCGACUGGCAGCUGUUCUUUGCCGUUCAUUUUCUCAUGCUAAUGGACAGCAAACCCUGCGGGUGCUUGUUCCACCCCUGGUUAGGAACAUAUUAGAUGCCGUCGGGCAAAGCGACGAUAUUGCCAAGGAGGAAAACUUAGAUAAUCAGCUUUUGUACAGUAUGCAACUACUUGUUGCAACUCUUGAAACGAAUGGAAACUAUCUGUUACCUUACAUGGACACACUGAUGGAAGUUCUUGAUAAGACGCUAUACUUGAAAUCUAGGGAAGGAAGCCAAACCGCUGCUCGGCUUUUGAGGAUAGUUCUUCUGUGUUUAUCAAUGGUCGGACUUGCCGAUUCUAAGACAUCUGUCGGCGAUUACAAUGAUCCUGAGUACAUGUCAAUUAAGGACUGGGGACAGGCGGUGGAUAAAAAAGAUCUUAAUGCCAAAUGGUACGUACCUGGAGUAGAUGAGGUGGCAGCAAUUAAAAAAUUUUUUUCAAAGUAUCUACCGCCUGUUCUGGAGAAGAUAAAGCGUUUUACUGCAGACAAAAACACAUUAACCAGGGAGGAGCUUUUGACAAAUCUCAAUAUAAUGAAGGCUAUUCUCACCAGUUGUGAGGCGUUUUUGCCAGUUUGGUCCGAACCGCCCAUUGAAACGGUGGAAUCAGCCCUAGAGUGGACUUUUACACCAGAACUCGGAAUUCGAGGGGAACUGUCAAUGCCAGAUGGAAGUAAUGUCAGGAAGCAUAUAGCGAAUAUCUUGCGUGACUUGCAAUUAAGUAUGUUGAGGGAUGCCGAAGACGAUAUAAAAAGUUUAUUUGUUGUAAUUGAGAUCUGGGGUUCUCUGCUGUUGGGGAGAAUACGAAUAGGUGAAGACUACGAAGCGAGGCGAAAGAAUUUCUCGAUGACUCAUAAACUAAUAGAGGAUAAAUUGAAGGGGAAGCAAAAGCACAUGAGAAUAACGAUGGUGCAACGUGCGGCGAUACAGCACGAAAUUCGUUUUAUGGAAAGUGUGGUCUGUCUCACAGAAACGCACAAGUCUAUUAUGUUGGAACUAUUCAAAUUAGGAACCAGCAGGUAUGGAGAAGUGCGAUCAAGGGCGCAGAGCCUGCUAUUUACCGCCAUGCAAUAUUUUACGUUCUCACAUAACGUGAUUGUUCCCGAGAUAGUAAAAAUAUUGAGCAAAGACAGCGAAGAACAUCAUGAAGCAUUCAAAGGGGUUUUAUACAUUUUGUUAGGUCCAAAGCCAUCCCCGAUAAUGACAAGGCGAAAUUGGUUGUUAUUGAAUACACUUUGGCCAGCGUUGGUUUUAUCUAAACCUUCGGAAAAAUUGUCUGUAAUUCGUUUGAAAGAAAAGUUAGUGGACACGGUACGCAAGCUUUUUCCAACAACUACUAUAGAAAUUGAAAUACCACCAACGUGUAUUGAGACAGCUAGAUUAUUAUGGGAUAAUUAUCCUAAACCCAGUUUACCACAGCCAACCGAAAUUGAAAUCGAAAAGGGAGUGGAGAGCUUGCGGAAUUUAGGACAUAGAAAUCUAGAAUAUUACAAUAGUCUGUUAGAUAAAUUACUUAAAGCCAUUAUCGAACAAAGUCUCCAUUGGAGGCAAAGACUGAUGGCUAUCAGUCUCAUAAGAGAUUUGGUUCACCCCGAUCACAUAUAUCCUGCGAAAAUAGUGCGCUUCUUCCUCAGCUCAUUGAUACACGAGUCUUUGGAGGAGAGAAAAAUAGCCAUCAGAGCCAUGCUUUUUAUUUUCAAACAACAGAAGAGAAAACAUCAAAAGGUAACGAUAGAUCACUCGAGGUUUGAGAAUCAAGGCAAGUGUAAAAAAUUGAGCCCUGGGAAAAGGCCUGACAAUGCUUGGCUUCAAUACAAUUACGAAACCCGUCCUUUGACCUCAGAGCAGUGGGAAGAGCCAAGAUUCAUGCACCACCCAUGGGUAGGAUAUUACACAUGGCCAAAAGAGGUUAAAGUCUACGCUCCAUCUUCUCAGCAGCCAUCGCUAGACCCAAAUGUAAGGAUAUUAACUGACGAGGAAAAGGAGAUAGACAUUUUCUUCAACGACCCGUCAAAUAUCUCAAAACUCAUAGGAUAUCUUAGUUUGGAAGAAAGAAAGGGGAAAGACAAAUUCGAUGGUUACCGUUUUGUCCUUUUCGAAGGCUUGUUCAGAAACCACGGGGAUGUGCAUCUCAAGCACUUUCUACCUCACCUGCGAAGGUUGGUAGCGGAAAAACAAGAGAGCAGUCAGCGAUGUGCCGCAGAGAUAGUUGCAGGUCUUAUACGAGGCGCAAAGCACUGGACAUUCCCAAUGACAGAAAAAAUGUGGGAAGACUUGCUACCUAUUGUCAGAACAGCGCUAAGUAAUUUGACUGUCGAAACUGUUACGGAUUGGGGAAUCUGUUUUGCCACGGCACAGGAGAGUCGAGACCCUAAUAGGCAACACUGGCUGUUAGAGUGUCUCAUGGAAGAGCCUCCACUGGGUGAAUCUGAGGUAUCAUUUGUUGAGUGUGGAAGAUUGUACGCUUUGCAAGGGGCACUGAGCCAGCAGUCCUGGCGAGUCUCAGAGUUAUUGAAUCGUCUGCUCGUUCGUUUGGAGGACAGAUUACUAGCAAAUCCUUUCCAAAACGUUCGGGAACGUCUCGGAUCUCUGUUAGCUACAAUUUUUGACUCAGAUCUCGUGUUUCCGGAUUCUCUUCAAAGAACAAAUUCAUCUAUUCUCGUACAAGAAUUUAUGGACAAAGUGAUGCCACGACUACAAAUAUUGGCCCAAGAUCCUGCCACUCCAAGUAUCAAGACAGAAGAGCCUACCGAAUUGUCUUCAUUGGCGAAUCAAGUCAAUCUGAACGAAUUGUCCAAGGAUCCAAAAAACGAGGAACGUGAAGGAGCAGUUAGAUUGUUGAAGACUUUAUGCAAGUGGUUGAUUGGCGGCAUAGUUCGAUCUCAGUACGGUGCGCUGCCAGCCCAUUAUCAACUAUUUCCAAUAGUCUGUCAGCUAGAAAACAGCGAAGUUGACGAAGAGUUGAACAGAACCUGCACUAGCACGCUGGCUGUUUUAGCUCAGGCAUUUACACUGCCCCAACACAUUCCAACUGCUCUCGAUACAGUUGAUAGAAUAUCGAAAAGUACCUCGUGGCGGACCAGAGGCACAUGUCUCGAAUUUUUACAAGUUUUAAUAUUCCACAAUAUGAGUAUUCUACUUAGCAACCCGUUGUGGGUCGAUCAAGUGUGCAGGCUCGUUCUUUGCCUGCUAGAAGACGAAUGUCUUGAAGUACGUGAAAAAGCUGGUCAGGUACUUGGCGGGCUUCUUCAUUGUACACUCAUUCCAGAUCAAGAGAUUCUCUUGUCAGAUCUUAAGAUCAAAGCUAAGACGAAGUUGAAGCAAAAGAAAAAACAACAGUCAAAGGAUGCAACCACGAACCACGACAGAUCUGCUGAAGCUGCUUCGAUCCGUGUCCGUCACGCCGGUGUUUUGGGACUGUGCGCAUUCAUCAAUGCUCAUCCCUAUGACGUACCUCCUUUCUUACCUCCAAUAUUUGAAGAGCUUGGACCUCAUCUAAGCGACCCUCACCCCAUUCCCGUAACAAUUCGAAAGACAUUGGGCGACUUUAAGCGAACGCAUCAUGACGGAUGGUCAGGUGAGAACGGGCACGAACAACGUUUCACGAAAGAGCAACUAGUCGUUUUUCAGGAUCUUGUUGUCCCACCACCAUAUUUUGCUUGAUUUUAGACACGCCAAGUCAAAAUAUAUAUAUUAUAUCUACAAUUAUAUUACAUCGUGAUGAUAGAGACUAACUCUUAAUCAAUUUAACUUUAUUUGUCUGAGGGUAGGUGAGAAUUGUCGAACAAUUAUGCGGGUCUUAAUUUGUUUUUUCGUUGCGCGUGAUAUUAAUGGAUUAAUUAUUGCACUGACAAACAUUCGACACGUUCGCUUAUAUAAAUGUAAUUUCGGUAUGUAUAAUAACAUAAUUUUUUACUGAAAAAAACGAGUACUUGAAGGGAAAAUAAUUAUACACGGAUUUCUGUAAUUUCAUCGCUACUGUAAAAAAUUGUUUGUAGGAAUAAUAAUAUGCUCUUUGAGAUAGGCGAUUAACUUAUGGAAACCUCGAUUGAAACAAUUGUCAGUCAGUACGCGGUUUUACUUAAUCUCUUGAUGUGGGCAUACAAUAAUGUACACUUAAACUUCUUAUGCUAAUCCCAAAGUUUGACACUGGCACUGACACUCUCACAUACACAUACACACACACACACACACACACACACACACACAUACACACUCCGCUUGUUGGAAAAUGUCGUUAACUGUGACUAAUUGCAGGUCAACAAAUAUAUUAUUUUUUUUUAUAUGCAAUAGGUGCCGAAUUACGCAUAAACUUUCUCGUACUUGAACUAUUUUUGUUAGUUCGAACGUGCAAUUUACCUUGUACAGCUUUUGUGUAAUAGCAAGAUGAUAAAUAAAAUUUACCACGAUGAUAUGUUG